AUGGACUCGAAACAACAACCCGUAAUUGAACGCCUCUCUUUAACAACUCAAUCUCGGAUUCGUUCCACGCAGAUACUCAUUUCGUUGCCACAAAUCAUUUCCGAGUUCGUACAGAACUCUCUGGAUGCAGGCGCCGGGAACGUCGACAUCGGGAUUGAUUGCGAAGAGUGGUCAUGUUGGGUCCGUGACGAUGGUUCGGGAAUCAGCAGAGAUGGCUUUGAUGUCCUCGCGGGCAGCUCGCAAGUUGGGCGCUAUGGUACAUCCAAAGCGUAUUCUCCCGAUAGUUUGGGGCAAGUGUCGACUUUUGGCUUCCGAGGAGAAGCUCUGGCAUCCGCGGCAGACCUAUCAUGCAUUGAGAUCUCUUCCAGAACUGCGAGGUCUCGAGAAAGCUGGUCUGUAAUCCUCAAAGGCGGGGACGUACUCUAUAACGGACCUUCCGUUAGGUGGCGGAGAGAAAGUCCAGGAACUGUUGUGUCAGUACGCGACGCAUUCUACAAUCUCCCUAUCCGCCGAAGAUCGCACCCGUCGGCUUCAAAGACAAUAGAGCUUGUCAGAAAGGAUAUCGAGACAUUUGCCUUAGUUUCCCCCCAUGUUUCUUUUACCUUGGAAAAUCUCGCAGAGAACAAAGGAGAAAGCUCUCGCAUGAGCCGUGUAAUGACCGUACCCAAGACGGCCUCAAGUCUUGCAGCGUUCCGUCAUUUGUAUGGUAGGGCGCUUGUCGAGCAUGCCGAAGAGAUCAACGAGAGCUCUGGUGAUACGAAUUUGCAAGGAUUCAUUAGUCUAGAUGGUGCACAAUCCAAGGCAUAUCAAUUUCUGUACGUUAAUAGACACCCCAUGUCACCAUGUGUGAUCCACCGUAUCAUCGAUGCCGCAUUUGCCAGAAGCUCCUUUGCGAAACAUGCGCUCAACGAGGAAGGCGAGGAUGACCGGCCAUUUUCAAAUGUCCGCCGCUCCCCGCGCAAGUCGGAAAAGAAGCCGGUCUAUGUGUUGAACCUCUUGAUCCCUCCACGGAGUGUCGAUAACUGCCUCGAACCCGCCAAAUCUGCCGUUCAUUUACAGAACGCAGAUGCUGCUCACGCAUUCCUAUCAUCCGUGGUAGAGACAUUCCUCGAACGGCAUGGCUUCCUCAUGUCAGGGACAUCUCGAACCCACAUUACCACCUUGGGAGAGAACGGCCACUGUGAGCCGUCGCACAAGAAAAGAAGGAAGAUCGUUAGCGGACGGGAACGCCAGCCGAGUACCGAGCCAGCAGUGCCAGUACAGCGCCACGACCGUCUUGAUAGUCCUCAUACACACGCUGAGAUGCCUAUUCUCGUACACCCGGAAAUACAUGCUCAUGAUCUACCCGAACCUAACGGAGGGAUGUUUCAGGCGUUGUGGACCGAUCCAUCGACAGGCGAACGUUUUGUUGUGGACACACGAACGGGCAACUCAUAUUCAAUGCAUGCACGCUCGAAUUUAUAUGCAAAGAUUGAUGAGCUUCCUGUCCAGCGAAGACGCACUCUCGGCCCUCUAGCUCGCAAGGAUGGUGAGGGACGGUCUGAUACUAAGCAAAAGGAUAAUUUGCCUGAAUGGAUGAAGAAUGCACUCGAGACAAAUGAAGUCUAUAGCAUGGCAGAACCUCGGAUUCGUUCAGUGAACAUUUCCUCUGCGACGAUGGCGGGUGUAGAUGGAUUUCGUCAUGACUGCUCGCAUCAUGAAGAGUAUUUCGACAUAACGAGAGGAGGACAACGAGGCACUGUUUGGCGAAACCGGUGGCAAGAAAUUGGCGCAUCUCAGAUUCGGGAUGGACGAUUCGCCAAGACGGAUCUGCGCAAAGCGCGUGUAUUGGGCCAAAUAGAUCGGAAAUUCAUUGCGUGCAUCGUUGAUUCCGACUCAAGUGACAAGAUGGACGGGAACAAGAGUGUAGGGCGCACGCUCAUCCUCAUUGACCAGCACGCAGCAGACGAGCGUGUUCGUGUGGAACGCUUUUUGCGCGAACUCUGUGUUGGCUUCCUAGGAUAUCGCACCGCCAGUGGCCCUUUGGCAUAUGGUGAUGUCGAGGACAGUCCCGAUCUCAAUCGCGGAGGCGUACGGACGAGAGAGCUUUCAUCUCCAGUUCCUAUUCUGUUGACCCGUCGUGAAUCUUCCAAAAUUGCGGAGGAAGACAUCCAAACCGCAUUCAAGUGUUGGGGCAUUCGGUUUUUAUUGCCGGAUAGUCAACAACGCGAAGAGGUAGAUAUUCUAGACCAGAAUAGAGGGCAAGACUCUAUGAAUAGUUAUGCGCAAGUAUUCGUUAGCAAUAUUCCAGAGAUAGUGGCAGACAAGUUGCUCACCGGUGACGAGCUUAAGGAACUGGUCAAGGGCUACCUCGCGACGCUCGAGAUGGAGGGUCUUCCGACAACUCCACGCGGACAACCCGAGGCGUUCAGUGAGGGUGACGAAGACCUUGUGUGGCAGAAAGCGAUGCGAUGGUGUCCUCGGCAACUGCUUGAACUCGUCAACUCGAAAGCUUGCCGAGGUGCAAUUAUGUUUAACGACUCGCUGACGACGGAACAAUGUUCGAGGUUGGUGCAACAGUUGUCUGAGACAAUCUUUCCGUUCCAAUGCGCGCAUGACCAUCGCUCGUGCCGCUUAUGGAACUUGGACGAGAACACGGGAGUGAGAUGA